CUUUUUUAAUUUGUUCUAUAUUUCUACACAGGUUAAAGAGCUUUUAACAAAAUGAAUGACAACUACGAUAUCAUUGUCCUUGGUACAGGUUUGACUGAAUGUAUAUUGUCCGGUAUCUUUUCUGUUGAAGGGAAGAAAGUACUGCACAUGGAUCGCAAUGAUUAUUACGGCGCUGAAUCAGCAUCAUUGAAUCUUACUCAGCUUUACAGAAAGUUUAGGCCUCAUACUGAGGUGCCCUCUGAAUUGGGACGCGAUCGAGACUACAAUAUCGACCUUAUUCCCAAAUUUAUGAUGGCUAAUGGUGAGAUUGUCCGUUUCUUGACCCAUACUGAUGUCACCCGCUAUCUCGAAUUCAAGCAAAUUGCUGGUUCCUUUGUUUACAAGGAUGGAAAGAUUUGUAAAGUGCCCGCUAGUGAAACAGAAGCUAUCUCUACGUCCUUGCUGGGCAUUGCUGAAAAACGUCGUUUGCAAAAGUUUUUUGAAUUUAUUCAAAACUGGAAGGAUGACGAUGAAUCCACUCACAAGGGUUUAAAUCUGGAUGAUAACACCAUGAUGGAGGUAUAUCAAAAAUUCGGAUUAGAACCUGCAACCCAAGAUUUCAUUGGACAUGCUAUGGCGCUUCAUUUGGAUGAUCAAUAUCUUCAAAAAGCAGCCCGUGAAACUGUUGAUAAAAUUAUUCUUUAUGUCGCCUCUAUGGCUCGUUAUGGUAAGAGCCCUUAUAUCUACCCCCUCCACGGUUUAGGUGAGCUUCCUCAAUCUUUCGCUAGAUUGAGUGCUAUUUAUGGCGGAACUUAUAUGCUUGAUAAAGCUGCUGAUGAAAUUCUUUAUGAUGCUAAUGGUGUUGCUAUUGGUAUACGCUCUGGAACAGAAACAGCCAAAGCUAAACAAAUCAUUUGUGACCCUUCUUAUGCUAAAGACAAAGUGAAAUCCGUCGGCCACGUUGUUCGUGCCAUUUGUUUCUUAAAGGAACCUAUUCCUAACACCUCCGACGCCGAUUCUGUUCAAAUUGUGCUUCCACAGAAUGAAAUAGGCCGCAAGCACGAUGUCUAUGUUGCAUGUGUUUCAAGCACGCAUGCUGUUUGUCCAAAGGAUAUGUACUUGGCUAUUGUUUCAACCAUUGUCGAAGAGAAUGUAGAAGAGCCUGAAAGUGAAAUCAAAGCAGGCUUAGAUCUAUUAGGAGACGUCUAUGACAAAUUUGUGUCUGUGUCCACCAUUGAUGAGCCUCUUGCUGAUGGUACAGCAGAUCACGUCUUUGUCUCCAAGUCCUAUGAUGCGACCUCACAUUUCGAAUCUGUCUGUGAUGAUGUUAAGAGUAUCUACAAGCGUAUGACUGGAAAAGAACUUGUUUUGAAAAAAAGAAAUAUAGAGGUGAAUGAUGAAACUGAAGCUUAGAUUGUCUGAACAAAAAACCUCUCAUCGUCCCAAAUAUAACCAACAAUACUGUUACCCAAUUUUAUGAACACGUAAAAACUCACUAUUUUAGCUAACUUAUUUUGCAUAGUCUAUCAUUAACAAAUAAAGAGCUCGUUUUGGUCUUCUUCUCUAAUCUUCUUCCAUAGUCAACGGAAUAUCAAAUCAGCAUAAUUCUAGAGAUCUUUCA